ACACAAUGCUGAAAUGGGUAUCUAUUAUUUCACUGUCAUAAAUUUUGGCUGAGCUCUUCAAAUAAGAAGCGAUCUCAACUUAUGAUUAACUAUAUAAUACCCUAAUCCCGUACAACUUUUACUUGAAACAGUGCAGUGCAGUGCAGUGCUCCGGCAUUAACUCAAUUAUCCACUAAUAAUGUAUGUUACAAACAUGUUUCACGAUGGUAUUUUCAACAUAUUUUUUUUCAUCACUCAUUAUUUGUGUCUCUCUGAAAUUGCCUCCGGAGUUCCGACUCAACCCCAUAUAAUUUUCAUGGUCGCAGACGAUAUGGGCUGGAACGAUGCCAGUUUCCGAGGAGCCAACCAAAUUCCGACACCGAACAUUGACGCUAUCGCCUAUAACGGUAUCGUUUUGGAUCGACAUUACACUUUACCAAGCUGCUCACCAUCGAGAGCAGCUUUGCUUACUGGAAAAUAUCCCAUUAGAAUGGGUAUGCAAGGCCAUCCACUCCUAGCUGGGCACGCCGAUGGAAUACCACUCGAAGAAAAAUUGCUACCGGAGUAUUUGCGCGAGUUGGGCUACGUGACACGAUUAGUUGGAAAGUGGCAUGUUGGGUACCAUAACACAAGCAUGACUCCAUUGAGCCGUGGAUUUGACUCCCAUUUUGGAUACUAUAAUGGCUACGUUGGCUAUAGGGAUGCCGUUCAUGAAUGGUUCAACAAUUCACGAGGUUACGAUUGUUACCGCGAUGGGGAACGAAGGAAAGAGGAGGUCGUGGGUGAGUAUUUGACGGACGUGUACACAGAAGAGGCGGUGAAAAUAAUUAAAAACCAUGAGGUAUCAGAGAGGCCCCUGUUCCUCCUCAUAUCACACCUAGCGCCCCACACCGGUGCAAUCGGGGUCUUGGAGUCACGGGAUGAAGCCGUAACUUCCAAAAAAUAUAGCUACGUCAAAGACCCGCUGAGGCGCACUUAUGCAGGUGUGAUGGAAGCGUUGGACGAUUCACUGGGAGCCGUCGUUGAAGCUUUGGAUGCGACAAAUAUGUUGCAGAAUAGUAUCAUAGUUUUCAUCUCUGAUAAUGGAGGUCCUACCUCAUACCCCUCUGUGGUGCUUCAAAAUAGUGCGUCUAAUUGGCCUUUGCGAGGUGCAAAAAUGUCGGUAUUUGAAGGCGGUGUCAGAGGAGUGGCUGCAGUAUGGAGUCCGCUCCUCAAAAAUCCGAAAAGAUCUUCAGCAGGAUAUAUGCACAUAUCUGACUGGCUUCCUACUCUAUACUCCGCAGCAGUGAACUCCAUCGCUCCUUUGAACCACACUCAACUCUUCGACGGCGAGAGCGGGCGCUUCGACAAAAGGGAUACCCUAAAUCUCGUCGCGAACAGUCCCGUCUCCAAGGCUCUGCGACGCAACCAACCCCUCGGCGCUCUCCUGAGGGAAUACGAAAUGCGCCGAGCAGAUCUGGACAUGACGAGGACCACACUUUGCGCGAACCGAAUUGCGACUUCGGAAUCCACUCCGUUUCCCGGCCCGGAUCCCUGCACUGAGAAACCCUGCCUCUUCAACAUCCAACAGGACCCGUGCGAGUUCCACGAUGUGGCCAAUCAGCAUCCCUCGGUGGUCGACGAACUGAAGGAGCUUUAUGAGAGCCACGCCGCGCGGUUGGUCAAAGAGCAGGACCAUGGGUUCGAUCCGGCUGCCGAACCUGAGCUAUGGGGAGGCUGGUGGGCGCCUUGGUUGGAUUCAAGCUAGAACUUUCAGUGCGUCGAAAUAUACCUCUCAGAAACAGCCUAUAGAUGAUAUUUGGACUGCAUUUUGCAAUGUAGAACUAUAACUUCUGGCUCUUCUGGAAAAACACUUACGUGCAAAGGGAAACUAAUGGCACAUACGUCGUUUUAAACCGGCCUAGAAUUUAUAGUUCCAAAUUGCAAAAUGUAAUCCAUUUGAUACAGUGAACGGGUAGGAUUGUAUUCAUAUCGAUUGGUUCAAAACAUAAGCAUAGCCUAAAAAGUCAAUUGAGUAACCUGACGGAACAGGUUUUUUGUGAUAGAUUUUUGAUUCGUAUAAGUACUAAUGGAA